UGUUUCUGGACUGUUAUUAAGCUGCUUAAGGGAUCAUCAUCUUCAUCAUCAUCAUCAUCGUUCGGUGUUCCUCACCUGUCCUGUCCGUGGUGCAGCAGCACAGAUUCCAGCUCCAGCUCCAGACAAGACCAUCUUUUAGUUCUCCAUCAUCAGGAUGAAGACCAGAACGUCCCGAACACUGUGUGGACUCUUGGUGCUGACCCUCAUCGUCUUCACUGCUGCCAGGCCCAAAGCAGGCUCGGAGCAGAAAUGUAAAUCCGGUCCAGUGGAUCUGGUUUUCCUCAUCGACAGCUCCCGCAGUGUCAGACCUCACGAGUUUGAGACCAUGAGAAAGUUCAUGAUCGACAUCCUCGACACCCUGGACAUCGGACCCAACAACACCAGAGUGGGAGUGGUCCAGUACUCCAGUCAGGUCCGCAGUGAGUUUUCCCUGAAGACCCAUAAAAAUCUGGAGUCCAUGGUGAAGAACAUCAACCAGAUCAUUCCUCUGGCUCAGGGAACCAUGACAGGACUGGCCAUCAAGUAUGUGAUGAACGUGGCUUUCACAGAACAGGAGGGAGACCGACCUAAGGUCCCGAACGUGGCUGUGAUUGUGACAGAUGGACGUCCUCAAGACCGUGUGGCUGAGGUAGCAUCCGAGGCCCGAGACAAAGGCAUCGAGAUCUUUGCAGUGGGCGUGGCCAGGGCCGACAUGGCUUCACUGAGGGCCAUGGCGUCGCCACCGUUUGAGGACCAUGUCUUUCUGGUGGAAUCCUUUGACCUGAUCCAUCAGUUUGGGUUGCAGUUCCAGGACAAGCUGUGCGGUGUGGACCUGUGUGUGGAGUCAGAUCAUGGUUGUGAACACAUCUGUGAAAGUUCUCCCGGUUCAUUCCAUUGUCUCUGUCUGCCUGGGUACACGCUCAACCAGGAUGGGAAAACAUGUGCAGCCAUUGACCUUUGCUCUGAAGGGAAACACGACUGUGAACAGAUCUGCAUCAGUUCUCCAGGCGUCUACACCUGUGCCUGUAACCAAGGAUACACACUGAACCAGGACAAGAAGACGUGCACUGUGAUCGACUACUGUUCGUUUGGGAACCACAGUUGUGAUCAGGAGUGUGUGAGCGUGUUGAAUGGUUAUCACUGUAUCUGUAAUGAAGGACACAGGCUGCUUGAGGACGGCAAGACCUGCCAGGCCAUUGACCUUUGCUCUGAAGGGAAACACGACUGUGAACAGAUCUGCAUCAGUUCUCCGGGCGUCUACACCUGUGCCUGUAACCAAGGAUACACACUGAACCAGGACAAGAAGACGUGCACUGCCAUUGACCUUUGCUCUGAGGGGAAACACGACUGUGAACAGAUCUGCAUCAGUUCUCCGGGUUCCUUCAGCUGUGACUGUAACAGGGGCUUUAAACUGAACGAGGACAAGAGGACGUGCACCAACCUUGACCUGUGUAACACUGUAGAACAUGGCUGUCAGCACCGGUGCAUCAGUACUCCUGGAUCCUACUACUGUAUCUGUCCAGAAGGUCAGCUGCUGCAGGAGGACGGAAGGAGCUGUGGAACUUGCAAGUCUGCCAACAUUGACCUGGUUCUGUUGAUUGAUGGGUCCAAAAGUGUCCGACCUCAGAACUUUGAACUGGUGAAAAAGUUUGUGAACCAGGUUGUAGAUUCUUUGGAUGUGUCUCCCCAUGGAACCAGAGUGGGUCUGGUCCAGUACUCCAGUCGAGUCAGGACAGAGUUCCCGCUCAGCAUGUAUCAUUCUGCUGAUGAGAUCAAAGCGGCUGUCAUGAAGGUUGAGUACAUGGAGAAGGGAACCAUGACAGGCCUGGCUCUGAAACACAUGCUGGAGAACAGUUUCUCUGAGGCAGAAGGAGCUCGUCCUGCUAAUCGUAACAUCCCCAGAAUUGGACUGGUCUUCACAGACGGACGUUCUCAGGACGACAUCACUGAGUUCGCCAAGAUGGCCAAGGAGGCUGGAAUCACCAUGUACGCUGUAGGUGUUGGUAAAGCCGUGGAGGACGAGCUUCGUGAGAUUGCAUCAGAACCUGUGGAGAAACAUUUCUACUACACCACUGACUUUUCAGCCAUCAGUACCAUCGCUGAGAACCUGAAACUCAACGUGUGUCCAGAGGAGAGUCAGGGUGAGAUCGAGGUCAAAGACCCCUGCUCCUGUGAGAACCUGGUGGAGUUUCAGCAGGUCACCAUGAACAGCCUGGAGCAGCUGACCACCAGAAUGCUGGGACUCACAGCUCGUCUGGAGCAGCUGGAGAAUCAACUGCUUUCCAGGAAGUGAUGUGGGAAUCACAUGACCAGACAGGAAGAGGAAAAAGAAGGCCAUUCCUGGAAAAAAAAAACAUUGAUAAGAG